AUGACUUAUGGAAUUCGUCAGUGGCGACUGCCCGACCAGAGGGUACUCAGGAAGAGAGACUUGCUUAUAAAGCUGAUGCCGGCGAUUUUACGGAUCCCUUAUGAAGGGCGGCAGUGGCUGGAAGCUCUUUGCCGACAAGCUGAACUGAGGGGACAUCGGCAGCGAGAUUUGAUGCCAGCGAUUUUACGGAUCCCUUAUGAAGGGCGGCAGUGGCUGGAAGCUCUUUGCCGACAAGCUGAACUGAGGGGACAUCGGCAGCGAGAUUUGAUGCCAGCGAUUUUACGGAUCUCUUAUGGAGGGCGGCAGUGGCUGGAAGCACUUUGCCGACAAGCUGAACUGAGGGGACAUCGGCAGCGAGAUUUGAUGCCAGCGAUUUUACGGAUCCCUUAUGAAGGGCGGCAGUGGCUGGAAGCUCUUUGCCGACAAGCUGAACUGAGGGACAUCGGCAGCGAGAUUUGA